AUGUGUAUACCCUCCUUUCGAAAACAUCGUCAAGAAUUUCUUGAAGAGAGUUUUCACCAACUACGUGACGAGACACAUUCUGUUUUGCUUUCCACUUGCCGCCCUAAUCUGAUUAUUGAUCCGAUACUCUGGUUACCCAUGACACACAGUGAGCGUAGUCGAACUAUUCGAUGGCGUCUUGGUCCGUUACCCGGAAGAAUACCUAAAGCCUGCCCAUAUCAUCCUCAUGUAUACUUUAGUCGGUCACACGCCACUAAAUGCUUGUACAUGCACACUCGUUUAUUCUUGCCACAAUCAAUUGCAGAUCCCCUUUCCUUUCUUUUAAAUCAUCUCCCUCAGCAUAAGCACAGAAAUUCUCAGGAUGUUUCUGCUUGGUUCUAUCGCUGGCCAGUUAUGUGUACCAUUCUACAGGAAAUGGAUUACUUAAUGCACGAUAAACUACUAUCUCCACUUCUUGACCCAGGCAGGAAAUGA